AUGCAUUUGCAUUACAGAUUCCGAGCAACUCCUGUUCUCAAGAAUCGUCUCACCCAACGCGCUCACCUCAUUCACUCUCAUUCCCACUCACACGCUUCCUCUCUUCUACCUCAAUGGUUUUCCAUCCUCCGCCACGCCAUCUCCCACUCCGAUUUACUCCUCGGGAAACGCACACACGCCCGCAUUUUAACUUCCGCCCACAACCCCGACCGUUAUCUAACCAACAACCUCAUCACCAUGUACGCUAAAUGCGCCUCUCUUUCUUCCGCACGUAAACUGUUCGACAUAACGCCUGACAGAGACCUCGUCACUUGGAAUGCCGUUCUCGCUGCUUAUGCUCAUACCGAAGAGCUUCACGAGGGAGACAAAGCUCAUGAAGCCUUUCACCUCUUCCGUCUUCUCCGUCAAUCCGUUGUGCUCACCACACGUCACACUCUGUCUCCUCUCUUCAAGUUAUGCCUCCUUUAUCCUUCUCCAUCCGCUUCCGAGACCAUUCAUGGUUAUGCUGUUAAGAUUGGGUUGCAAUGGGAUGUGUUUGUUGCUGGUGCUUUGGUUAAUAUAUAUGCUAAGUUUGGAAGAUUUAGAGAGGCGCGUGUUUUGUUUGAUAGGAUGCCUGUUAGGGAUGUGGUGCUUUGGAAUGUGAUGAUGAAGGCUUAUGUUGAAAUGGGUAUUGGAGAUGAAGCAUUGGUUCUUUUCUCUGCGUUUCAUCGAAGUGGGUUGCGUCCUGAUUGUAUCAGUGUUCAUACUAUUCUCGUGGGGUUUGGUAAAAAGACUGUUUUUGAAAGGGAGUUGGAGCAGGUUCGAGCUUAUGCAACCAAGUUGUGUAUGUGUGAUGAUGAUUCUGAUGUUGUUGUUUGGAACAAGACAUUGUCUUCGUGUCUCCAAGCAGGUGAAGUGUGGGAAGCUAUUGAUUGCUUUAGAGAAAUGAUCAAAUUGCGUGUACCUUGUGAUAGUUUGACUUUUCUUGUGAUUCUCUCUGUGGUUGCCAGUUUGAACCAUCUUGAACUGGGAAAGCAGAUUCAUGGUGUUGUUAUGAGGUUGGGAUGGGAUCAAUUUGUCUCUGUUGCGAAUAGUGUUAUUAAUAUGUAUGUUAAGGCUGGUUCUGUUUACUAUGCAAGAAGUGUGUUUGGUCAGAUGAAAGAAGUGGAUUUAAUAUCAUGGAACACUGUCAUAUCUGGUUGUGCUCUGAGUGGUUUAGAGGAGUAUUCCUUAAGGUUGUUCGUUGAUUUAUUACGGAGUGGACUGUUGCCGGAUCAGUUUACCAUUGCGAGUGUUUUGAGGGCUUGCUCAUCUCUUGAAGAAAGCUACUGUCUUGGUAGACAGGUUCAUACCUGUUCUUUAAAAUAUGGGAUUGUCUUAGAUUCAUUCGUUUCAACAGCUCUAAUUGAUGUCUAUUCUAGGAGUGGAAAGAUGGACGAGGCAGAGCUUCUUUUUCAUAACCGAGAUGGAUUUGAUUUGGCAUCUUGGAAUGCUAUGAUGCAUGGGUAUAUAGUGAGUGAUAACUAUCAUGAAGCCUUGAGGCUAUUUGGUCUAAUGCAUGAAAGUGGAGAGAAAGCUGAUCAGAUUACUUUGGCGAAUGCGGCUAAAGCUUCUGGGUGCUCGGUGGGGCUUCAACAAGGGAAGCAGAUUCAUGCCGUUGUUAUAAAAAUGAGAUUCAAUUUAGAUUUGUUUGUCGUUAGUGGUAUUCUAGACAUGUAUCUAAAAUGUGGAGAUAUGGAAAGUGCACGUAAAAUAUUCAAUGAGAUCCCUUCGCCAGAUGAUGUUGCUUGGACCACUAUGAUUUCUGGGUGUGUGGAAAAUGGGGAGGAAGAGCAUGCUCUUUUUACAUACCAUCAGAUGAGACUUGCUGGGACGCAACCAGACGAGUAUACCUUUGCUACCCUUGUCAAGGCUUGCUCUCUCUUAACAGCACUAGAACAAGGGAGGCAAAUUCAUGCAAAUGUUAUGAAGUUGAAUUGUGCUUUUGAUCCUUUUGUGAUGACCUCCCUUGUUGACAUGUAUGCCAAGUGUGGGAAUAUAGAAGAUGCAUAUGGUUUAUUUAAAAGAAUGAAUACUAGGAGUGUUGCCUUGUGGAAUGCCAUGAUAGUAGGAUUAUCUCAACAUGGAAAUGCUAAGGAAGCUCUCAAUUUUUUCAAUAAAAUGAAAUCUAGGGGUGUAACGCCAGAUAGAGUUACUUUCAUUGGAGUCCUUUCUGCCUGUAGUCAUUCCGGUUUGAUAUCUGAUGCCUAUGAAAUUUUUUAUUCGAUGCAGAAAAACUAUGGAAUAGAGCCUGAGAUUGAACACUAUUCUUGUCUCGUUGAUGCCCUUAGUCGUGCAGGGCGCAUACAAGAAACCGAGAAGGUGGUAUCGUCAAUGCCUUUUGAAGGUUCUGCUACAAUGUAUAGAACAUUGCUUAAUGCUUGUAGGGUUCAGGGAGACAAAGAGACUGGAAAACGCGUCGCAGAAAAGCUUUUUAGCUUGGAGCCAUCUGAUGCAGCGGCUUAUGUUCUUUUAUCAAAUAUUUAUGCGGCUGCUAACCAAUGGGAAAAUGCAGUGAGUGCUAGGAAUAUGAUGAAAAGAGUAAAAGUAAAGAAGGAUCCAGGGUUUAGUUGGGUAGAUAUAAAAAACAAGGUGCAUUUAUUUGUUGCUGGGGAUAGAUCACAUGAAGAAACUGAUUUGAUAUAUAAUAAGGUGGAGUAUGUUAUGAAGAGGAUCAAAGAAGAAGGAUAUGUCCCUGAUACAGAGUUUACACUUGUUGAUGUAGAAGAAGAAGAUAAAGAGAGUGCUUUAUAUUAUCAUGGUGAGAAGCUAGCAAUAGCUUAUGGGCUCAUGAAAACUCCACCAUCGACCACAUUGAGGAUAAUUAAAAACCUUAGAGUGUGUGGAGAUUGCCAUAAUGCAAUCAAGUAUAUAUCAAAGGUUUUUGAGAGAGAGAUUGUUGUGAGAGAUGCAAAUCGAUUCCAUCAUUUCAGGAGUGGGAUAUGCUCUUGUGGUGAUUACUGGUGA